AAAGUAUUUACCUGUUAUUGUGAAUUAUUUAGAUAUUUGUAAUAUGAUCAGAAAAACUGUGAUAGUCGUAAUACUGAAUAUUAUCUUACAGGUCUCAGGAAGGAAUUAUGACAUUGAGCUGACACAGGAUGGUCCAAUUAUAAAAGGUGGCACUAUACAUUUUACAGCAGUUAUAUCUUCUGAUGGCCAGCCUGUACAAGACAACUUAAAAUUUGAAUGGCUUGAUAAUGGAAUACCACAGCACAGUAGAGAGAUUGAAGAAGUUACCAAUUCUACAGAUACCUGGACUGUUACAUACACUGCAGGCGUCUAUCCAGCUGGAAUUUAUACCGCUCAAGUUGUUGUAAAAACGUGCAAAUUUGUGUUCUACUGUCCCGAACUUGGCUCAGCAAGGAUUAACUUUGUUAUAACAGAAAAUCUUAAUGGAGAUUUCCUCUUAAUGCAGGGGAAUGCAUCAUUACCUAAUAAUUUCGUAUCGACUAAAAAGGAGGUGAUACAUACAGUAAAAUUAAAGCAAUCAGAUGCAGACUUUAUUAAAACAGCUCCUACAAUUAGAACUUAUUGGUUUGUAGACUGCGUAUACUAUGGAAUCACCAAUGAGUUCGACUUUGCUCACAUUUACCCAGAUCCAUAUCAGAAUCACACUGUCGAAGCCUUGGUAAUGGCUGAUUUCACUCCAUUGCCAACCACAACAACAACACCUCCUACUACAACCACUAAAACUACAACGACUACAACUACUACACCUAAGCCAAGUACAACAGUAAGCACCACCACUAAGCCAACGACAACAACUACUACACUUAAACCAACUGCAAUAACAACUACUUCAAAUAAGCCAAAAGUUAGACGACAUAUAACUGAUCCAACUAUAAAACCACAAUCAAACAUUAAAAUUUUCGUCAAUAAUACAUUAGUUCCUUAUAAUGUAUCCUUUCCAUAUGUUUGUAACAGCUCUUAUGUGGCGACUGAUCCUAAAACAUUUUAUGGAUAUUUUUAUAAGAAAUUUGAAGCUAAAGAUCCUUUGACGAACAUAACCGUCACCGGUAAUAAUUGGUUGCAAACAGGAGACAUGUUAUCUUUAAAAGUACAAUGCUAUGGUUCCAAAAAUUUUGAUUUUUGUGUCAAAUAUGUAAAAGGAGAAUAUAACGUCACAGGCAAUGAAACCUGUAAAUAUUAUAACACAUUAGAAACCUGUGAAUUUCCUGUUAUGAGAUAUCUCAAUGUUCCUAAGACAACUAUAUUAAUUAUCGUGAAAAACGACCUCAAUAAGAUAGUUCAACCAGUAACUGUCAACAUUUAUAGUGUGAAAAAACAGGGUCAGUUAUCAGUUAUUGUUGUUCCCGUCGCCUUUAGUUUAGCAGCAGUUGUAUUAAUUGUAUUUGGCGUUGCCUACUAUUUCCAAAAUAGAAGCAGGUUUAUAGUUGAAGUUGCUGAUUUCAACUUCGGCAGACAGUAUAGUGAUAUGGAGUAUAAAACAUUCAGAGAGAGACUUAGAGAUUCAAUCACCAACGCGUUUACGCGAACACCUACGCCUAGCUCCUCAGAAGUACCGGUUUGGCCUCCUGGUAGAAAAUACGGUAGCAUGACAUGAUAUUGGAAUGGAACCCAACUUCUCAUCAGGGACCCUCCCAUGGAUGAUAAUGAUAAACUGCAACAAUAUUUUUAAUCUUAUAUUUUAU